AUGGGUACAGGUGAUAAAAAGAUGGGUACAGGUGGUAGAAAGAUGGGUACAGGUGGUAGAAAGAUGGGUACAGGUGAUAGAAAGAUUGGUACAGGUGAUAGAAAGAUGGGUACAUGUGAUAGAAAGAUGGGUACAGGUGAUAGAAAGAUGGGUACAGGUGAUAGAAAGAUGGUUACAUGUGAUAGAAAGAUGUGUGGUGAUAGAAAGAUGGGUACAGGUGGUAGAAAGAUGGGUACAGGUGGUAGAAAGAUGAAUACAGGUGAUAGAAAGAUGGGUACAUGUGAUAGAAAGAUGGGAACAGGUGAUAGAAAGAUGGGUACAGGUGGUAGAAAGAUGUUUACAUGUGGUAGAAAGAUGGGUACAUGUGAUAGAAAGAUGGGAACAGGUGAUAGAAAGAUGGGUAUAGGUGAUAGAAAGAUGGGUACAGGUGGUAGAAAGAUGAAUACAGGUGAUAGAAAGAUGGGUACAUGUGAUAGAAAGAUGGGAACAGGUGAUAGAAAGAUGGGUACAGGUGGUAGAAAGAUGGGUACAGGUGGUAGAAAGAUGGGUACAGGUGGUAAAAAGAUGAGUACAUGUGAUAGAAAGAUGGGUACAUGUGAUAGAAAGAUGGGUACAUGUGAUAGAAAGAUGGAUACAGGUGGUCGAAAGAUGGGUACAGGUGGUAGAAAGAUGGGUACAGGUGGUAGAAAGAUGGGUACAGGUGAUAGAAAGAUGGGUACAUGUGAUAGAAAGAUGGGUAAGGUGAUAGAAAGAUGGGUAAAGUGA